CCGGAGCGCGCGCCAGGGGUGGGCGCGGGGCGCGCGCCUGGCCGCCCCCUCUCCGCGGCGGGGCGCGCGUGCGCGGUUCCGCGACGGCGGAGGGAGCCGCGAUGGAGGGCGCCCUGCCCCUCCGUCAGAUUUCAGGUUCCACCUAUAAAGACAGGAAUGAGGAAUACAAAAGACACUUCACACAUCUGCCUGAUACAGAGAACCUUAUAGCAGAUUAUGCUUGUGCUCUUCAGAGGGACAUUUUGCUUCAGGGACGACUAUACCUUUCAGAAAACUGGCUGUGUUUCCAUAGCAACAUCUUCAGAUGGGAAACUACAAUUUCUAUUGCUUUGAAGAAUAUAACCUUCAUGACCAAGGAGAAAACUGCUCGACUCAUCCCAAAUGCUAUCCAGAUUGUUACAGAGGGUGAAAAGUUUUUCUUUACAUCUUUUGGUGCCAGGGAUAGAAGUUACCUCAGUAUCUUUAGGUUGUGGCAGAAUGUACUAUUAGACAAGAGCUUGACCAGACAGGAAUUCUGUCGGCUGCUCCAGCAGAACUAUGGCACUGAGCUAGGCUUAAGUGCAGAAGAGAUGGAAAACUUGUCCCUGUCGACUGAGGAUAGUAGUCAGCCAAGAAGUCCAGGGAAAAACAGCUUGGAUGACUGUGGAGAGAGAGAUGAAAAAUUAUCCAAGUCAGUCAGUUUUACCCGUGAAACAAUUAGUCGGAUUUCAGAAACAGAGUCAGUCAAUGGAAAUCCAUCAAAAGGGGGGUUAGGGAAAGAGGAACCCCGAAGUGUAAAACAGAUCAAAAAGAUUCCUGUACUGACUUUGGAAAAGAGGUUACAUAGAGUGCCAUCAAAAUCAUUGGACUUGAAUAAAAAUGAAUAUCUUUCUCUGGACAAAAGCAGCACUUCAGAUUCUGUUGAUGAAGAAAACAUUCCUGAGAAGGAUCUUCAUGGAAGACUUCAUAUCAACCGUGUUUUUCAUAUCAGUGCUGAGAGAAUGUUUGAAUUGCUCUUCACCAGUUCACGCUUUAUGCAGAGAUUUACCAAUUCUAGAAAUAUAAUAGAUGUUGGAUCUACCCCUUGGAACGUGGAACCUGGAGGUGAUCAGCUGAGAACCAUGACCUACACGAUAGUCCUUAAUAACCCACUUGCUGGAAAGUACACCACUGCCACUGAGAAGCAGACGCUGCAUAAAGAAAGUCAGGAAGCACAGUUUUAUUUGGUAGAUUCGGAAGUACUGACACAUGACGUCCCCUACCAUGAUUACUUCUAUACCCUCAACAGAUACUGUAUCAUACGGUCUUCAAAACAGAAAUGCCGGCUGAGAGUUUCUACGGAUUUGAAAUAUAGAAAACAACCUUGGGCUGUUGUCAAAUCUUUAAUUGAGAAGAAUUCCUGGAGUUCUUUGGAGGACUAUUUCAAACAGCUUGAAUCAGAUUUGUUAAUGGAAGAAACUAUGUUAAAUCAGCCCAUUGAGGACCCUGGGAAGCUUAGCGGCCUACGAAGGAGAAGGCGAACAUUCAACCGAACAGCAGACACAGUUCCUAAGCUUUCUUCUCAGCGUUCUGGAGAUGUGGGCUUAGAUGCCAAAGGCGAUAUUACAGGAAAGAAAAAAGAAAUGGAACGCUCUAACACUGCCCUUAUUGUGGUGAUGAGUAUUUUUUUGCUGUUUCUAGUUUUGUUGAACGUGAUGCUGUUUCUGAAGCUAUCAAAGAUUGAAUAUGCUGCUCAGUCCUUCUACCGUCUCCACCUUCAAGAAGAGAAACCUUUAAACUUAGCUGCUCAUAAGGCAUCAAGAGCAGAAAAUAUUCAAAGAAACAAAGAUCAGGCCCAUCGUUUAAAAGGAGUGCUCCGAGACUCCAUCGUGAUGCUUGAACAGUUGAAGAGCUCACUCAUUAUGCUUCAGAAAACCUUCGAUCUGCUAAAUAAGAAUAAGACUGGCAUGGCUAUUUAAGGACUGAAAUUGUAGAUACUUUGGACUAAAAGAAAACAUCUUGAAGAAAACCAGAGGAUGAAGGAUUUUACUUGUCAGAACAUUUCCAUAUUUUCUCAUUAUUGGUACUUCUAAUAUGAAUACUUUUUUAACAUUGAUUUGAUAGUCUCCAAUGGCCUUAAGAAUCCAUUCUUUCGCUUCUUAUACAUAACUCUAAGCUGUGAAUUUCUCCAGUGAAGCAUGAAAUAUAUUUUGGGUUUGAAUUUCUGUGAUGCAAAAAGAAAAUGAGACACUGAAGUGAUUAGUAUGGUCCGUUUUACUAUGAGGUUUGAAGUCUGAUGCUUUAAGUUUAUCUGUUAGUACAGACUCAGUUCGGGUCCAAUAGGCUGCUUUCAUAGUUGCGGUACAUUCAAGAUGCUAAAGAAGACAAUAAAUAAGAAGGAACCUCUAAAUCAUUACUAAUUUUGAAAGAUCAGUUUUCAGGCAUGUAACAUUUCUAGGUUUGUUUACUGUAAAUUACAAUGCCCUCAUUUCUUUAGCAUGCAAAUUCAAUAGUCAAAACUUCUGAAUCUGCAUGUUGAUAAUUAUUAUCUGAAAGGUACUUCAGCCAUUUUGUAUCUUUAGGAAAAAAAUAGUUGUUCCUUUAAGUAGCUCUCAGAGGUAAGCUUACCUUGCCUCUUCAUACAUCAGGUGGCAGAAGAGUCAAUUUCAGAAAAGGGAACGUGUGGGAUUCCAACACUCAAAAUGAAGAACCACACUCGAGUUUUAAAAACCAUAAGAUUACAUUAAAAUCUGGACAUUUCGUGCCAGAUCAAAUGAUACUUGAACUAAGCUUUCUCUAGCUUAGCACUCUUUCAUGGUGGAAGUGAGCCAUCUGGUUGGAAAUAAUUUGUGGAUUACUUUUCAGUAGCCACGUAUGUCUCCAUUUAUUCAUCCAUGUGUGUGGCUUGUUUCAGUUGGUAAGUUAUAACCAGACACAAACUUGAGUUCUUUAUUAACUUUUGGGGGCAUUAUGUCCCGAUAUAAGUGCACUGACUGAAGUUGUAAGUCAGACACAAGUUUUGGCUCUCUCUUUCAUAAAAAGUUUUUAGGCAUGUAUGUCCCAAUACAAAUAUUGUCUCUAGAACAAGAGAAAGACAGUGCAGAGUAAUUUGUAUAUAUUCUAACGUUUUAACAAAACUUAAAAAAUUUUGUUUAAAACUCUUUUUUCCCAGAGUCACUAGAGCUACACAGGAUUGUGAAAGCCGUUUUUGAGAUGCCUGUAGAAAAUUAAAGUAUUGACUUGAUUAAAGGGAAAAGGGUUUCUCUGGGUGAAUCCCAACAAACCUCUUGGGGUACCUACUGGUGUACCUAUCUGGGGUUUUGGGAUAAGGACUUUAUAAAGUGUCAGGCUGUCAGCAAGACUGACUGGAUUAUAAACUUGAAAACUUGUUUUCUGUUAGAUGCACAAAAAUAAAAGUGACAAGUGGAGUGUUUUGUGAUGUCUCUUUAAAACUUGUACUUCAUAACAUACCUCAAAGAAAAUUACCAAAGUUGCUUUAUAAGUUAAUACUAAACAUGUAUGCAGAAUUCACUUAAUUGCAUUUGAGCGUGUUAUGUAAAUUGAGUAUCAAUAAAACCCAAUUAUGUCUGA